GUCAGUGGGGACAAAGAAAGCGUGUGGAUCACAUGAUCAUAUAGGCAAAGAGUAUAAAUAAAGCACACUCUGAGAUAGAAAAGAGCACAGCCCAAUAAGAACGUCAAGUAAAGACACACUGUGACCAUGGCCAACACAAGAGGAAUUUCACACACUGGUAUGUGGAAGAGUUUCGGUAAAAUAUCCCCAUCUAAUGUGUGGGUUCUAAUGCCUGGUGACUGCAAAUAAUUCUGGGGUAAAGUAAAGACAUCUGGAUAAGUCUACAUUUAUAGCAAGAUGGAAGAAAUAGCAAAUGCAGGGCUAUUCAUUAAACUCAGAAUUUUUGAGAAUUGAAAUGGAGAAACGGAGGCAAGUGUAGCUAAUCUUGAAAAUUCUCCACCUCAACAACUUGGCUAUUUUUGCCUACUAUUUUAGCAAACUAAUUCACAGGGGUUAGUGCAUAAAUGUAUCAAAGUUGAAUUACAUAAUUUUUAUUACAAUAUAUAUUUAUAUAUAUUUACAUUUUUCAAAAAUCAACUUCACCUGUGAUUUUUAAAAUGCUGAAAAAUGGAUAAAUUGUAUAUGUUUCAAAAAAAACAAAAAAACAAAGAAAAUCAGAAUAAAUGUUUUUGGAAAGAAAGUGCCUCUUUGGGCUAAAAGUUAAUAUAUCAAAGUUACCACAUUACCACCAGUUUAUUGAUGUUUCUGUUGAUAAAAUCAACAUCUCUUAAAUGUUUAAGACUUUUUGUCGUAAUCACUUUUGCUGGUUGUACAUGUUACAUAUUUUAUUUUGAAAUUCUUUGACAAACAAACAGAUCAGUGUUUUAUUUUUGGAUACAAUGUUAAGUGAUCAAAAAUGAAGUGAACAAUUAUCUAAAUCAAAAGUAGUCCCUUAAAACGUAAUAAUGAAUGACAAACUGUUAUCAUAAGGACUUUUAAGAUGUUUAAGCCAUUUAUAUUUUAUCGGUGUAUGAUAGAGGUUUAUGUAGUCAUCACUUGCUUGACACUCUGGGAGGCCAUUAACAGUUCUGAUGGAUUUUAAAAUGUUAUUGUUGCCUUUAUGCAAAAUUUGGAACAUCUUUAAUUUACAUGCUACUGAAUACAGUAAAAAUGUGUUAUUAUUGGAACAUAACCUUUGAUGAAAUUAAAUAACCUAAUGUGUUUUUUGCUAUAACAGUCUUUUAUCUUUUUAUCUUAACAGAAAUGUUAUGAAAUGAAAUAGAGACAGGAGCAUAAUAAUUUAUAACAAACACAUGGUUAGACUGAAUAAGAACAUUAAACUGUUGUAUUUAGUAUUUACCACCAAGUUCUGAAAGAAAAACUCUAAAAAAUAUAUAAUCUCAAAGAAUUCUAGAAGUUGCACAUGACAACACAAAAACUCACAAUCUGCUAAGCUUAACAAGGACCUCACUGGGCAUGGUGUCUACUGACGUCUGCAUGUCAUGUGGAUGACCUCGAUCUUCAUAAGUGAUUGUAGAUUACUUUGACUUCCAUGUUGCUUUCCAUUUCUAUAUAAGUGUUUCUGAUGUUUUAAGUCAGCAGGAAAUUUGAUAACACAAAGUUGUUACAAUGGUUGACAAAAUACUACCAUUUAACCACCAUAGCCUUCACUUUGGAAUAAUGAAAUACAUUAUUUCUGUUUUGUUCUAACAGGUGUGAUAUUGCUAACACUUCUUAUAUCUGACAUAUUUGUGAUGAAAAUGAUGGUGUUCUCCUACCCUCUUUGCACUCCGGGAAGUUUCCAAUGCCAGGUUCUCAUCAGUGACCUAUUUGACCGGGCAGUCAGACUCUCACACUAUAUCCAAUCUCUCUCUACGGAAACGUUUGAAGAUUUUGUGAGUACUUUGUUGGUGGGAUCUUAUCUCACAAGGGCUUAUGACAAGUACGAUGAAGGUUCAGAAAAAGAGGCAGUGAAAGUGUGGUGGAAGAUGUAAAGUUAACCAGUAAAGAACAGUGUUGCAGAGCGUAGGUUAAAGAAAGCGAGAAAAAUUGCAUUGGUUCACAGUAUAAAAAGUAGUAGUAUAAUUUGACAGUAAUUAAUUGAACAUAUUAGUAGAGUGAUAUCAGUAGAGUGCCAUGAUUGGAAACCAGGACUUUCAAUAGGUCUUCUUGUCUAAUUUCUUGUUCAAAUAAUAUACCCAGACAGUUGCUUAUGUUGAGUAUAGAGAGUAAGUUGUGAAUUCACAUCAUAACUGCCCAUCUAGCAAUUCUGUUGAUAAAUUGGUGAAAAAUGUUUGUUACAGGAUCAACGCUAUUCUCAGGGGCGCCAUUUCAUAACAAAGUCCAUGAACAACUGCCAUACAUCUGCACUGCCUACACCAGAGGACAAGGACCAAGCAUUACAGAUAAAAGUAAGCAUACAGAUUGUGUAUUGAUUAUGGUUGUUUUUAUUAAACAGUAAUUAAAAGAAAAUAAUAAAUAAAACGACCGUUCAGUUUAACCAAAACAUCAUUGAAAGAUAAAUGAAAUCUCAAUUUAUCAUCUCUUUUGGAUCAUGUCUAUGCUUACUUUUUUAUAGCCAGAAUAGGAUUCACUCAAAAUUUGCCAAUCUACUGGAUAAAAUAUUCACCACCCAUGGGCUGCUACGAGGAAGAUGCUGCAUAGCUAAUCAUCCAUGCAUUUUGUGCUAUAUAUGAAUUUAAGUUGCAUGAUAAUUUGAUGAAGAUGCUAAGACAAUUGAAGUCAAUUGAUAUAUAGUUUUUUUUUCCAUAUGGUUAAAGGGACACUCUAAGUAAAACAACUUUAUCUUAAUAAAGCUGUUUUGGUCAUGCUCCUGCAGUCUCACUGCUCAACUCUCUAGACAUUCUCCUCCUCACACAACAUCCAUGGAAAAAAGGUUUAAUUUUUACAGCACAGUUUGCUUACUUUAUAAGUUCUUAUCUCCUGCUCUGUUAAUUGAACAACACACAUAAGCUGAAGUAGGCUCUAGCAGGUAAUUAACAAAGCAAGAGAUAGGACAUUCUAAAUUAAACAUACUGUGCAAUAAAGAAAGUGUAAAUAUUAAACCUCUCUUUACAGGAAAUGAAUACAGAGGCUGUGUAAGUCUCAGUCAGGGGAGUUGUGGCUACUUAAACAAAGCUAUGUAAAGCCUAAAUGGCAGAGAAUUAAGCAGUGGCACUGCAGGGGCAUGAUCUCUACAUCAAAACAAUUUUAAGAUUAAAUGGAAACUGCAAAUUGAAGUAGUCUGGGUGCUGUGACCCUUUUGCACUUAGUUCUGCAAUGUAAAACAUUGCAGUUCCAGAGAACCGCAAUGUUUACAUUGCAGCUCUAAGUCUACCCUCAGUGGUUGUCUACCAGACAGCCACUAGAAGGCUACCAGAAUCCGAACUGACUUUUGGUCUGUUAUUUGACGCUGGACGUCCUCACGGACCUCCAGCGUAAUUUCUUUCCCCAUAGAAAAGCAUUGAAUAAUGCUUUCCUAUUGGGAGGUCUAAUGCAAGUGCGGCCAUUGCCGCCAAUGCGCAUUAGGUCUCCCCCGCCAGCUGACGUCGGGGUGGGGAGGAACAUGGCAGAGCCUGACCCAGCACUGAGGGACAUCGGCGGUGGAUUAAGGUAAGUGGCUGAAUGUGUUUUAACCUUUUCUGCCCUGUGGGAGGGCGGGUGCGAGGGAGACCUUUUAAACCUAUAGUGCCAGGAAAACGGAUUUGUUUCCUGGCAUUAUAGGAUCCCUUUAAUUCACUGGCACUGCUGAAAACAGGAACCCAUUUACUAAUAGUGUUCGACCAUGAUAUUUUCAUCCAUAUAUAUGAAAUGAUUGACAACAUUAAAAAAACAAACAUAACUACAAAGUUGAUAUUGAUUAAAUAUUUUGUUGCACAGGAGGUAUGCAAGCAUUACAUGUUUAGAUUAAUAGGACACAAAAUCAUUGCAUUCGGAAUACUGCUUUGUAUGCCUAACAUUAAAGUAUUUCUUUAACACUUGUGGUCUUAUUUAUACACCACACUGUUUUAUUUCUGAUUGGGCAGCAUGAAAAUCUGAUGAGUAUUGUGCAAACGUUAUUACGCUCCUGGAACAAGCCUCUUGAACACUUGGUCUUGGAGGUCCCAGAUAAUAUUGCCAGGAAAGUGAAAGAAAUUGAGGAACAAUCCAAAUCCCUGCAGGGAGGAAUAGACAGAAUCGCGAGCAGGGUAAGUAGUCGCAUAACUCUGCAAAAGGAAUGACUGCUACAGGUAGAAAAACAUAUUGUAUAUAUCUCAAUUAUAAAUACUGUGCAUACUAUUUACCUUUCAAUUGAUUUAUUAAUUGCUCUAUGCAAGUGCCAGUAAACAUCAUUUUCAGUAUUAUUGGUAGCUACACUCUUUAAACAUGCUUGAAUAAGAUUUUUAUGUCAGUUGUGUUUAAACAAUAUGGGUUGUGUUGGUCUUUAGUUCAGUUUAGCUCAGGCUAGUUUUAAAGAGGCACUGUCAACCCCCACACACCCUGCAAAAUGGGUUUCACAAAAAUAAAUUAUUUAUUAAAUUUAUUUAUUUUUCACUGAAAUCCCAACCCAGUCAAAACAUAUACUGAGACAAAGUAGGGACUACCUUGUCUCAGUAUUUUUCCUACAAUUGACCUUGGGCAGAGCUACCACCGUCAAGAAGUGUCAGUUCCCCAGCCGUCACCAGUGACAGCCGCAAGGAAAUGGGUCUAUAUGUGGAGGAUCCCGUGAUCUCACAGGAUCAUCCAUACAUGCCAUACUCUUACAGACUGCAAUGCUGUACAGAAGUGACAUCAACCCCUAGUGCUGAAUCGCCAGGAGCAGAAGACUUGUUGGAAUGGUGUUGCCCACAAUGGACAGGUUCAGAUAAGCAGAACUCAUAUUUCCCUGCCCCCCAGCUACCAGACCUUCAGCAGUGAUGUCACUGUCAGGGGUCUUUGCAAAUUAUGCGUUUCCAGAUGGUGAUAGUUCUGUCUAAAGUCUAUGGAUAAAAUACAUGGUAACUGAUCUACAGUAUGAAGGCACUUUCAAACUGUGCAGUGAACUCAAACCCUGAGUUAGGACCCUAGAAUGGGUCCCUAUGACAUUUCAGUGGAUCCCCUACUGGUAGGAACAGGCACCUGUUCACAAUCAGUUGUUCAUUGCAUUAUUGAAAUCACCACUGCAGUUGUGUGAGUUUAAUUCAUAUUUUCUUUUUUUUUUAUAUUUUCUUCUUAAGUCAAUUAAAUUAAGCUUGAAGUACAAGUCAUUGAGAUAGUUUCCACUGGGAAAUGGGUUGCCAUCCAGUGCCAUGUAGAUAAUUCUGGCCCCCGGCACAGGAAAAAGUAGUGAAUUCAGUUGAAUUUUCUAGACUCCAUCAAUCUGAAUGAGAAUUCCACUACUUAACUCAUUAUCUAGUCAAGAGAGUCCAUAGAUCAGAGAUAGCUCAUCUUAAUUACCUUGAUGUUUACUUUCAAGGGAAUAUUUCACAGUAGAAAAAAAAAUAUAUGCUUUUGUUAAGGAAUGGAAUCACCAAUACAAACACACAAUAUAAUGUAAGCCUAAUAACAUGUGAAAAUGUAUACAGGUAUAUUUAUAUAUCAUAUAAACUAUGCAUAUAUAAACUGGCCUUACUAAUAUAACCUCAAAACACUAUUCCUUUCACAGUGUUGAGCAUUAGGCUUUCAAAGGUUUGAUCACUUGUGGCAAACAAUAGUAUUUAUCACAACCCAAUCAUGUUAUAGAAUUAGAAAAUACCAAGAAGGCAGACUAAUUUUUUUUUUUUUCAGAUGCAAACUAAUCUGGAAGCUGACGUUUACCCCCCAUGGUUUGGGCCCGUGGAUACUGCUGUACCCAAUGGAGAAUCACAGCUCUUCUCGGUCUACCACCUCCUGCAUUGUUUCCGAAGAGAUUCUAACAAGAUAGACAACUACUUGAAGAUCCUUCGCUGCCGCAUGAUUCAUGCAAACAACUGCUAGGCUAUAAUCAUGACUCGACAACUAUGACACCUCACUACAAAAUAUAUGAGCCUAGAAUUUAGAAUGUGCUUCAAUUAGAUAAUUUCAACAUGUCCAGAAAAGAAUACCCUAAAUGAUUUUAUGUAAAGCUUAGAAAAAUCUAAAAUCUAGAAGUGCAGUACCCAACCUUUGUAAUAGCUCAAAGUUGGAGUGCCAUGUUGCCCAAAUCGGACAACUUUACAAUACAUGCAGAAUGUUCUAGGUUCUGGCCACCCUCGAGAAGAGUGCUUACAAAGAUGUCUACAGCAAGAAAUAGAUGUAAAAUUAUUUCACAAUAAGUUAAUUUAAGUUAUAUCUUUCUGCUGAUGUUCUAAAUAUGCUUCAAUUUGUACAACAAAUAAAUGUUAUUGGAAGCAAUAAAUUCCAUGCAUUAAUACACUU